AUGUAAAAUCGAAACAGUUUGUUCAGAAAUGAACUCCUUCCUUCUUUCUUCUUCAUCCUCUUCCUCUUCCACUUCCUGCUCUUCCAACUUCACAAUCUUCACUCAGUCUCAAAACCCUAACCAUCUCUUCAAGUUCAGAUUCAAAUUACCCAUUUUGCCCUCACACUCCUCACCUUCGCACCAUAUCGCCGUGAAUCCACAAUGUUCUCUCAGGGACUCAUCAUCCACCACAGUGCUCGAGAAAAAGCCCGUUUCUACCCAAACGUUGGACGACGUCGUGUCCAGAGAAGCGGAUUCCGGCAAUACUGUCUCGGCGGAGGAUAGUGUGCUGGUAGUUCGCCGGCCGGUGAAGGAGUUUUCCGGCGAAGAAGAGAAGCAGCAGGUGGAGGAUUCCGACUCAAAAACUUUGGCGAUCGAUGCCGGACUUAAGGAGUUUGCCAAGAAGAUGCCGAUGUUUGAGCCGGUGAGGGUCGAAUCUGAAACUAAAGAGAAGCCGCUUGUUGUGAAUUUGGACUUGGCGUUAUACCGUGCGAAGGUUUUGGCGAGGAAUUUCCAGUAUGAAGAAGCUGAAGCAAUGCUUGAGAAGUGUAUAGAAUAUUGGCCUGAAGAUGGUCGACCUUAUGUGGCACUGGGCAAAAUUUUGAGCAAGCAAUCGAAAACUGCUCGGGCAAGAGAAAUAUACGAGAAGGGUUGCCAGACAACUCAAGGAGAAAAUGCUUACAUUUGGCAGUGCUGGGCUGUUCUUGAAAAGAAAAUGGGUAAUACCAGGAGAGCAAGGGAAUUAUUUGAUGCUGCCACAGUUGCUGAUAAGAGGCAUGUUGCGGCUUGGCAUGGAUGGGCUGUUCUAGAGCUGAAGCAGGGAAAUCUAAAGAAGGCAAGGAAUCUACUAGCCAAAGGUCUUAAACAUUGUGGUCCAAAUGAGUACAUAUACCAAACGCUUGCGUUGCUUGAAGCUAGGGCAAACCGGUAUCAGCAGGCUCGAUAUUUAUUCAAGCAGGCCACUAAGUGUAAUCCUAAAAGCUGUGCUAGUUGGCUUGCUUGGGCACAAUUGGAGAUGCAACAGGAAAACAAUCACGCUGCCAGGCAAUUGUUUGAGAAUGCAGUAAAUGCAAGUCCCAAAAAUAGGUUUGCUUGGCAUGUAUGGGGCAUUUUUGAAGCUAGUGUAGGCAACAUUGACAAGGGAAGAAAGCUUCUAAAGAUAGGCCAUGCUCUAAAUCCUAGGGAUGCUGUUCUCCUUCAGUCUCUUGCAUUAUUAGAAUACAAACACUCAACUGCAAAUCUUGCUCGGGUGUUGUUCAGGAGAGCCUCCCAAUUGGAUCCAAAGCAUCAGCCAGUCUGGAUUGCUUGGGGUUGGAUGGAGUGGAAGGAAGGAAACUUGAAUACGGCUAGAGAAUUAUACCAAAAGGCUUUAUCAAUUGAUUCAACCAGUGAAAGCGCUGCCCGGUGUCUGCAGGCUUGGGGUGUUCUGGAGCAGAGGGCUGGUAAUCUGUCAGCUGCUCGCAGAUUAUUUAGAUCCUCAUUAAGUAUAAAUUCCCAGAGUUUUGUCACAUGGAUGACUUGGGCAUCAUUGGAGGAACAGCAAGGAAAUUCUAUUCGUGCUGAGGAGAUUCGUGAUCUCUAUUUUCAGCAGAUCUAUGGAGCACAAAAAUAGGAGAAACUUAAAAUACACGAGUUAAUAAUUUUCUAAUAUUGAAUUCCUUCUCAUUGAUGUGACUUCCUAUAGAAAUGAGCUACCAAGUUUACUUGUACUGUUUUUCCCAUUUUGAAUCUAUUUUUAAAUUUUAAAUGCAGUAUGUUUCAUGUCACAAUUCUAUAUCGGUUGUAAGACAUAAGUAUUGACCAAUGAUCCAAACUCAAUUUAGAUAACUUUUUGCAUUUCAUUUUUUCACAAUUUCUAAUAAAUAAUUUGAAGGCCAAAAUGUCUUGAACUGACAUAUGCUAAUUCAAAUUGCUGAAUUUAGAUAACAUUCUUAGCUGAUAAUAAAUUUACAUAUUUGAGAUCUUCGGUUAUUUUGAUAAAUUAAACUUUCAGUUCUUCAAUUCUUUAAAUGUUUUUGCCCUCGGAGCAUCUUUCUUGUUUGUCAUUUCUUAGUGAUGCAGUUUAUUGAUCUUUCAUUUUCUUCAUUUACGUGCUCUUUUUUUCUUUUCUUUUUUUAAUAACUUUUGAACUAUCCUACAUUAAAAAUAUUUUAACUUGCAAGCUAGACAGUUAUUCCCCUUUUUGCCAACGCAAACCAUAUAAUUGGUGCAACGUGAUAGCAAGCAACUUAAGUUGGCCAAAAAAGAAAAAGAUCGUGUGCAAAUUAAAAAUAUGCCUGUUUCAAUUUUAUUUUGUGUAUUAUAUAGGAUUUUAUCAUGCAUAUGAGCUCCCUAGAAAUUGAUACUUGCAAUUUAGAUUUUCUACAAUAUUGCUCACUACCUAAUGAAUGCUCUUUCUACACCUUAGAUCCAUUACAGAAGCU